AACCAUAACCACAAAAUCUCCUUUUGAAGUUGCUCUGGCUCUCAGAAAUUUUUUUAGCUUUCUUUGCAUUGAUCAGUAUUUACGUACACGAUUCAUAUCAUAAUACUUCAUAACAUUAUUCAAACAAUUGUUUAUGUGUUUCGCUCCCAAGCUAACUCACCAUUCUUUUCUGCUCACAACUUUUCGUAGAUGUUUAAAGCCUCCUGUGUUUCUUGAAACCAAUUAAUAAUUUUCUGACUCCACAUGUUUCAUUGAACAAUUUGAGUAAGCAUGGCACCAACUAAACGAAGUAAGAGCAAUUCACGAGCUAGCUCAGCCAACACCGGACCAAGAAAUUCAGAGCGAAGAAAUGCUGCCAGGAAUAAUUCUAAUGAAGCUGGAAGUAGCCAUGAUUCCAUCAUUACUGGCCGUGUCACUCGAAGCAGUGUACGGAGCAGUCAACCCUCAACUUCCUCAGGCAUUCACUCACUAGCCCCAUCCAGGAGAGCACCCAUAGCCUCUUCCACAGCAUGCAGAAUUGCAACUAAUGUUUUUCAGACCAUGAACAAUGUAAUUAGAGCAUCUAGCUCCAUUUCCCGUUUGGCUGCUGAGCAAGCUGUUGGAUCAUCACCUAACCCAGAUGCAAGUUCCAGCUCAGACAAUGAGUCCAAUCCUGAGGUGGAUUUGGUUCCGACUAUUCCUGAGGGAGGACCAUUCAGACAGGGUGAUUUCAAGUCCGUCUAUGAUUAUUUGUCCACAAUUCAAAAGCGUCUUUUGUACAUAAACAAGAGGUUGGACAGUUUACUAGAAAAGUGCAAAAGUUUGUACAUUCCUCGUGAUCCUCGUGUCAGCAGAACUGAAAUUUGUGAAAAUGCCAAUAUUGAUGUCGCCAACUAUAAUACUAGUCGUCUUGUCUGUCCUGUUUGUUAUUGUGAUCUGUUAAGAGCAGAAGCAGCACCUUUGUCUACUAAAUGCGGGCACAUAUUUUGCUCUGCGUGCCUCAUUCAGAUCAUGGUUAUGGAUGAAAGCAAGUGUCCAAACUGUCGAAAACCUCUUACCACUACGGACUACCAUCCAGUGUUUUUCCCGCAACUCCUAAGCUAGGUCGCUCAAAUACCUGAACAUCAUCAAAACCACUCUCUAACUAAACGUAAGAAUUUAUUUUAAUCUUGUUUUAAAUCAUGUAAGGUAUUGUUUAUUUUUUACUAAAAAAUGGGUAGCUAUAUGUGCUGAAUAAAUGCAAAGGAAAAAAUAAACCCCCCAAAAAAACGACGGAAUGAAGUCAAGCCUCUCAUCUUGUUGUGAGGGAGAGGAAUUAGAGGUCGUUAAAUUAGAGAUGUUAAGUAAUAUUGCUUACAUCAUAUUUGGAUUCAAACCGGGUUUAAUGUAAUUUUUUAUAUUACCUAGUGGCACAAAAAAGGGACUACUUUUUAUCGAAGGAAUUUGCUUCGUCUAAUGCCAAUUCCCAUCUUUCUAUUACUGGAUUAUUUUUUUUCUGGAGGACUUCAGAUUUCAUGUGCUAUUAAAAAAGCUAGGGAAAAAAUUUUGAAACCUGCUGGAAAAUGCUGAAGUUGAAUUGUGAUUCCACAACUUUACUGCUAACUGCUCUGCUCUCCAACUUGGUGUUAAUACUCCUGGUGUUUAUUGAAAUCAGAAUUACUCAUGGAAAUGUCUUAGAGUGGUUUUUCCCUAAUCACAGAUUCAUUUUUUCCAAAACAGUCUUGACCAAUUUUAUUUAAUCGAUAACUGUUCCUUCCCAGCUGUCAAAUGGUCAUAGAUGUCACUACAAGUUAAGUCAGUUUUGGCACACUGUAAUCAUGCUGCUACUGCAUUUACAUGUUUUAGGAUAGUGACAGGUCCUCUGAAUCAUUCAGAGAUAGCAUCAUGACUUGCUUUGCUCUAAUGUUUAAAGGAGUAUCCUAGUUACAGUAAAUGGAGUCAUUAAGCGCUUGGAAACAUUUUUGUAUGUGCGGAUCAGAGAGAAAGGUCUCAGCAAAUUGUCCUUAUUUUUCCCAAAGAGAAGCUCAAUUGCAAAGCUCAUUUGUUGAAACAUCGCUUUUCGAAUGAAUUUUCUUUGCAGAGAUCAUGAGAAAAAAUGAAAAAAGGGAAGAGCUGGUUGCUUUUUUGUUCUUUAAAUGAUACCGAUUGCUGAAAAUGAAUCAAGUUCUCCAGGGUUAUUGCAUUUAAAUAUGCCCUGUAAAUUUAAUCAAUUGCCUGUCUUUCGUUUGGAAUGUUUGUCUAAGCAGGUCAAUUUUGCAAUUUGCAGUUGGUGAUGUGAGAUAAGCAUUUGUUAAAAUUUUAACAAUUAUGAGGUUAAGUAAUAAUAAAAAAAGAAACGAAAAUAAGAGAAUUUAUGAAAUCAUAUGAAUCACCAAUUGAAUGGCAAAAUUCCCAAACCUGUUGUAAGAUGUUUAUACCUGCGAAAAGUGAUUAAGAAGUUUCAGUGUCUUGGAAAAAGAACACACUUAUUGAUAGUUGAAUCCAAGCCUCCUUACACCACCACAUCGGUUUCAUUUACCUCCAGGCAAACAGUAGGGCCCGAUUAUUUUUUCCUUGGAGGUCGUUGAUUUUCGCUUUUUUGCGCAUCUUUGUUGUCCCCAUUAUUCGCCCACCAUUCGCCCACUAAACGUCGCCCAACGUUUCUAACCAACUAUUUUUGCAAUAAGAACAAUUUGCAAAGUGUGAAGUGUUUUUAUGAAAUAACCGUGUAAAAUAAUGAAAUGAACAAUCAAUUUUGGAACCAAAUCUCUAAUUACUGAUGGACUACAAAGAAAUGGAACUUUACGCACCCUUGAAUUAGUCGAGUAUCAACCUGGCUCAUUACUAUCUUUUCCACACAAGGAACAUGAAAAGUGUACUAAUGAAUAAUAUCAAAUGGACAGUAUGAGAAAAUCCUUUUUUGGGCCCUUACUUUCAUCAAAAUAUAAUUGAAAUGAGAUGAUGUUGCAGGUAAACUUAUUUAAAUCAUUAUUUUUCCCAACCUCAAUCAGCAUGACCCUAUUUAUAAAUGAGCAAUUGUCAUGUACCUAGUCUAAUUUCAAUGAAUCGUGUGUUCGAUUUUCAUGAUCAUAGAUAACUUGGUUUCCUUUAAUUUCGAGUAUCUUCCUUCAGUUGUCAAAGUGUUUCUUCAUUUUAGUAUCCAAAA